AUGGCCCAGGAUGUGGGCGGAAUUCGAGUCCAGCCUCCCGACUCCGGCCUCGCAAACGAUCAGUUGAUGGAGAAAUCAUCACCCGCAGAAUGGACUCCGACACAAACUAGCAAUCCGCUUAGCGGACAGACCGGCAAUAUUCCGCCUAUGGACUCGAUUCACCACGGUAUAACUGAUGGAACAACACGCGGCAUAGCCGACGAAGUGGAGGAAAAUGUUGGGCCCUGUCAAAUAUUGGGGGACAAGCCACGGACGCUGCCCGCCUGGAUUCGGUCUUUUGAAUACCCAGAGGAUGAUAUCGAGGCCAACGCCACCUCCCGACUACUACCCGCCCAGCCCAACGAUGCAUUUGUCGCACAGCAUAAUCACUCGCCCUACUCAACGUCAAAGCCAGGUCCGGGGCCAUCAACACGCGAGGGCAGCUGGGAAGAAGACAACAUACCCCGAGAAUCGCGCUGGAAAAGCUUUUCCAAAACCAUUGCGUACCCUCGAGAACACGGCGUGGAGGAGAAGCUUGUAACACCGGAAUGGCUGAACGAGAAUCAUGGCGAUUACUCACAACCAUGGCGAGGACAGCUUGACCCGGACGAAGACACGGAAGAUCCGCUCAAGAAGAAAAGGCGUCGUGAAAUAUGGUUCAAGCGCUUCCACAACACCCUUCUGCAAAGCCCUAUUGUCCCGCUGAUCAUUCGUCUGACGGUGUGGUCCUUUUCCCUCACUGCUUUAGCCCUUGGAGGGUCCAUACAGCGCCUCUCUAAAGAUUUCCCUCAUCCUCAAGGUCCCUCGGCGUUGAUGGCGAUUAUCAUUGAUGCUGUCGCCUUGGUCUACCUCAUCUACAUCACCUGGGAUGAAUACACAUCCAAACCGCUGGGACUUCGUUCUCCAUCUGCCAAAGCACGUCUCAUCCUGUUGGAUCUUUUCUUUAUUGUUUUCGAUUCAGCCAAUUUGAGCCUGGCUUUUGAAUCGCUCUCGAGUGCAGAGGGUGCGUGCACUGUUGCGGAGAUCAAUCAAACCCUGGCUCCAAAGAAUGACGAUAUAUGCGACCGGCAAAUAGCCCUAGCCUCGGUCCUGUUGAUUGCUCUCAUAGCAUGGCUUAUUACCUUCUCCAUAAGUGUUCUGAGACUUGUCAAGCGGGUAUCAACCAAGUAG